AUGGAUCGUGUUCUUUGCGGAAUACUUGCUUUUAUUUCAAUCCAGGGAUCAGCUCUGCGGACAGAUCAAGACGAUGGAGAGAUAAGCUUCCCCAAGCCAUGCACUCCGACCGAGACGAGCGCCUACAAUCAAGUGGUCAUCCCCACGGUGACCGACUUCACGAAAUGGAAGGAUGUCCUCUCCACGGCCACGGGACUGCUAUCGAAUCCCAUCUCAGAUGCUGAUGCCUUCAUGGUGGAUAUGACCCUGCGCACAUCGCUACUCUCCUAUGGUAGGCUGCCAUCGAAGUGGAGCUAUGCUUCCUUUGGCAUCUAUGCAGAGAAAGGCGGAGAUGUUCCCGUUCUGGCUGAGAUACAGAUCAGGGGCGAGGUCGACCACAAGCGCAGUAAGUCCGGAGAUUACCAGGAGGAUGAUUGCCCAGCGGCUGCGAUCUAUGUGAUCAGGUUGGCGGACGGGGGAGUAGGCCUGAUCCUCAGCUUCAAAGGAACCUCGAACGUCUUGGACUGGAUGAGAAACCUGGACCUCAGGUCGGCCCCCUUCAGGGGUUCGAAGGAUGCCAAAGUUCACCGCGGCUUUCAGACGCAUCUUGGCCAUCUCUUUGAUAGCUUGGGGGCGUGGCGUCUUCGUGAGCUGAACCUUCUCCUUCAUUCUUGGGGAGUGGAGGAGUUGGAUCCCACACGGAAUGCCUUGGAUUACGUGCUACAUGGGAAUUGGAGCUGGUGCAUCUGCACUGGACACAGCCUGGGCGGAGCCAUGGCUGCUCUUGCUGCCGAGACCAUUGCAGUGGAAUCGGAUUUCAAGCCCGUCUACGAAAUGACGGUCGCGGCGCCGAUCCCGGGUAAUCCAAGCUUCAUCUCCGAGAUGGCAAGGGAUGUGAAGCCCAAGGGUGGGCUGCGGAUCGAGAAUCCUCUCGACCCGGUGCCCUGGAUCGGCUAUGGCGGUGCGAAGCUCAGAUCUCGCACUACCAAUGGUAUGGGCUGGGUUCUGCCACAGGAUGCGAGCAUGAGCAAAGCCUCCCCACGCAAUUCUCACACAUUUUACCAUGUGGAGACGACGGAUGCUGAUGGUGACGCCACAUGCAAGUUCUAUACUUUCCAGCCCUUCACGACGGAAGGGGAUCCCGAGCAAACAGCCUUGACCCAUUAUGAUCAGCUCAACUGGAUGGCGAAUCAAAAAUGGGGGUGA